AUGGACGCAAUGACACCACAAAACAUCAAAGCUGAAAACCUUGCCGCCUGGGCGUCAUAUCAAGACUUCCAGGUCCCGAACAUGGGAGAGCGAAUGUCCGAGGUCUCCACACCACCAGCAUUCUCACCGAUUAGUAGCGUUGAUACCCAAGCCUUGGAAAUCUAUGAAAGUCCUGCUCCCCAACAAAUGCAGUAUGAACAAUCCUACCCACUUCAGCUCACCUAUCCUAUGACACCAGCUCACCAGCUUUUUGAUCCUCCACAAUUCACAAUCCUCUCCCGAGCAGCUGCUUCCGUGAUGCAGCACACCGAUACUGAGAGAACUGGGAUCGUCUUGUUCGUCGAGAAAAACAAGCACACUACGGUCGAAAUUUCUCAUGAUUGUAUUCAAGCGGGAGAUACCCUCCUGUUUUCCUUCGGAUACAAGAAUAUUCCUCUUCAAACCCGACAUGAGAAGCUUAUCAGUUGCUCUUGCAGUGAGCAAUCGGGCUUUGUGAUUAUCAACGGAAAGGAAGGACACCAAGUUUACGGUGGAGUGAAUGAGGAGUUCGUGCUCAAUAACUACUUGAUGGGAAGCAAGAUGGAGCUCAAACUCAGCUUCAAGCACAACACCUCUUGUUUCAAGCCGCUGAUCGUCGACAGAAUGCAGAACCGUGGAGUUUCUCCAAUCAUCACGAUGGAUAUUCAAGUUCUUGAUGGAAACAAGAACCCAAAGACAAAGAAGCAGAGAGUCACGCUAAAAGUUGGUAGCAAUGUGAAAAGAGAAUUCGAGAAAUUCGUCGGCUACCCCACCCAACCGACUCGAGCUCGAUCAAAGCGCAUUUCUGGUCGACGCACUGCUUUGGCAAUCUGUGAUGCCAACUCUUUCAAGAGCGAUCACUCAAAGAAGCUCCUCUUCAAGAAAUCAAAGAAAGGCUCUACCCUAAUCAUUCCAGCUAGCGAUACUUCUUUGUUUGAGGCUCUUGCAAUCAGACUAGAUGCAACAACACAAAGUGGCAAAUAUUCUACUGAAGACAUAGAGGACUUUUCUGAACGGGAAAUCGAGUUGAGGAAAAAUAUUUUAGAACAAGGUUCAGAAUUUGGUGUUAAAAUCGCAGCUCAGUUGCGUUACAUUGGGGAAGCAUAUGACCGGCUGGGGGAUUUCAAUGAAGCUCUCUCUUUCUUUCACAAACUUGUGGAUGAAGCGAAUACAAGUUGCGUCGAUUUUCAGAAGCGAUCCGAAGCAUAUUACACCCGUGGAAAACAUUUCUUCGAUAAUGGGUUUAUAAAUCAAGCAAUGCCAGAUGUAAAGGAAGCGCUGAAGCAAAUUUCUGUUCAAGCAAAAGGAGGUGUUGCUGCUUUUGGGUGCUCAAAGAAGAAAGAGGAAGAAAUGCACAGAAUGCGUUUCAAAUGUGAAGGACUGCUUGCGAUGAUUUAUACAAAGCGCAAUCAAGAAGGAGAUAAGCACAAGAGUCAAUCAAGACUGAAUAACGCUAUCAGAAUAUCCAAAGAGCACAAUCUUUACGAAGACAAGUUCGACUGGUUCAAUAUCAUCGCUGCAGAAGAGGCUAAUCGUGGGUGCUACUCUUCAGCAGAAACGAAGUUCAAGGAAGCGAUGGCGUCUAUUGAUCACUUGAAAGAAAAAGACGUUGUGAACGAGAAAAAAUUUGAACUAUUCACCUGCUGGGGCAGUAUGUACAUCUACCAGUAUAAAUUCCAGAAAGCGAUGGAGCUCUAUCGCGAUGCUCAUGCGAUUUACCCGAAAAACCAGGAAUGCAAAGAAAUAUAUAAAGUAUUGUAUCUCAAUGAUUGCCAGAAGAAAGAGUUAGAGGCUGUGGAUCCUGUGGAUUUCGAGGAGAUCGCACGAAUGAAGGAUAUUAUGGGCGACAUCUGCUUCUUCUUCCAUGAUAAAUUUUCAAACCGAGUGUCAAAAAGCACCCUUCUCGUUGGCGCCUUGGCUCGUUACACAGAACGAUUAACUGCUCUUACAGAGGCGAAUUCCGAAAAAGUAGCUUCAGCUCACGUUACAUUAGCCACUGUCCACAACGAGCUAGGAGAUCAUGAAAGUGAAAUUGAUCACUACAGGCUGGCUAUGGAGGCAGAAUCCACUCCUCUUGAAAAGCGCUACAAGUUCCUGGACGAAGCUGUUACUUCGAUGCAGGAUGCGAAGAAAUCAAACAGUUGUAUCGUUGAGUUUUUCGAGGAUGUGAAGACUAUUUUCGAUUCUUCUGCCGCGUUGAAAAUUGGUGUCCUGAAACAAAUGAAAGAGUUUCUUAGCGAUAACAGUAGUACUAUUGCUUCCAGUGAAGAUAUGAUUUUUGAGGUUACAGAAGAGCUUGAUCAGCUUGAGUCUUCAAGCUCUCAGUCUGUGCGUGAGUUGGACUCACUUGAAGACAACGAAGAAGCUACUCCCACUGACAUCAAGGACAGAAUAAAAUCAGUGAAGUUGCCCAAGCCAAUGAAGCAAACGAACUCGAACAAACCCUGGUGGGAUCUUGAUCGAAAUCGUCUCGGGGAAACUCUUUUGCAGAGAAAAGUGAUUGAUCUAAAACUCACUGACGAGCCAAGAGCGAAGUUAACAGAAAUCGAGCAGCUGAUUACUGUCCAGAAGCAUCCAGUCAAUGUUUGGGACAAUACUGGUCUUACUCCGCUCCACGAAGCCGCCAAUUGGGGCCUUCCUAAGGUUGCGAAGAUCCUGCUCAAAAAUGGGGCAAUGGUCAAUGCUUUAACACACUCAAAUAUGGAAUUCGAAAAAGAGGAGUCUGGCGAAGGCACGAAAGAGGGUUCAAUAACACCACUUCAAGAUGCAAUUGAAUCACUGGUUGGAGAAUCAUCUGAUAUUCAACUUAAAAAACUGGAGUUCAUUCAAGUUAUUGUCGAAUACGGGCCAAAUGUUCUAAGAAAGAACUCAAAGAAUGAAACUGCUUUGAAAUCGUACAACAGAAUCAAGGAAAGUAUUCAGUACCAAUACAAAUCUGCUCUUACAGAUGAUUUGAAAAACAAACUCGAUUCGGUCCAGACAUCCUUGUAUCAGCUCACUCAAGCUCAGCGUGAUAAUCCUCGGAUGAUAGCAGAAGCCGCGAAAUCAGGGAAAGCUGGAGCGACUGCAACGCCAACUAGUACUCGAAGACCACCACCGAGGCCGACCACGCCAGAGGAAGCGAUCGAAGUUGCACCGAGAAGACUUCAAGGAGUUAGCAGACUUAUGCACGACGAGGAUGAUGAUGAGCAAGAAAGGGAUGAACGAGAGGCAAAGAAUCCAAUGAAGCAUUUUCUCAAAAAAGUAAAGCGUGCUGGAUCGAUAAGCUCUGGUGGUUCUAGUGAUUACGGUUCUUUACAUCAAUCAAAUGGAGGGAAUUCUCCGAGAGUAAGCUCUUCUGGAAGUCGAAAAAGAAGACAAAGCUCGCCACAGAGAGAAGUUCGAGACUCAAAAAGGAUUCAAAUAGUAAGCUCUGAAGAUGAGGAUUCCCGAAGUCAUCUAUCUUCUCUAACGCUCAAUAGUGAUCCAAAGCCAUCAGAAAUAACAAGUAGCAUGAAUAUUUCUUCCACGAGCAAGAAGAGACGACUGACGGUCUCAUAUUUGAAUGAGGAUUAUGCUCGGCGAAGACUUCGGAUCACAAUCGAAGAUUGUGUCACCAUCGAAAUCCUCAGACACAAAAUCAUCAAAGAAAUUAUACGCAAAGAAGAUCGGAAGCACGACACACCUCAGAUUUCAAUUUAUGUUGGUGAAGAUGUAAACGACCGUGUGGAGCUUACUCCCUCUGAAGUCGUUUCUGAUUCAAUAGACUUCGACAAGAAUGAAGGAGACAUAAUUUUUGUCAAAAUUCAUGAAUGGUCAACAGGAUUUAGUACAUCGACGGCAAUUGAGGAAUAUCGUGAUAUUGUGCGCAAAGCAGAAACAACAAAAUCGAUCUCGCUGACUGGUGUUGUUUUUCAAUCAAAUCCCAGUGCGCAUAUAACUGCCAUAAUGAACAUUUUUUCUGGACCAUCUCUUGUCGACUUGAAUUUAUCCGCACAAAACUUGGAACCGAUCUUUGAUAAGAUCACACUAGCUUUGCCAGAGCUUCAAUCUCUCGCUUGUCUCCAGCUCGCAAAAUGCCGUCUGACAAAGUCAAGCCUAGAUAUGCUUGCAAACUCGACUCAUCCGACACUGCGAUCAUUGGACAUUCAAGCAAACGUCACUGGCGACAUCGGCCCACAACUGUCGAAAAUCAUUGAGAAUUUCAAAGAAUUGAGGGACCUGAAACUCUGCCGGAUGAAACUGACCGAUCUUACCUUUGAAACUAGGAUGGAUUUGAGCCAGUUGACCAACCUCGACAUCUCGCAAAACCUCAAGAUCGGCCAGAUGGGACUGGAAAAUAUAAGAAUGAGCCUUGGCGAUUCUUUCUCGUUACACACCCUUGAAGCAGCGCAAAUCACCACUUCUGAGGAUAUAGUCACGCCUUUGACAAAACUUUUCCUCGACACCGUCCAAGACCUCAAACAUCUGAACAUCUCCAAGAACAAUAUCAAACAAGAAUACAUAGAGGACAACCUCGACGAUCUCGAAUCAAAUUGUCAGCUAGAAGUGCUUAAUUUUUCCAACAACCGAGAAAUAACCUCAAACAUUGUUCAAAAUCUACUUCAAACCAUUCCUACUCUCCAAGAGAUCAUUCUGUUUGGAACAAAAUGUUCCCAAAGCGACUUUGAGCCUCAUCAGAUAUCAAAACUAAAACUCUCCUGCUGA